CGGGCGCUGAGGCGGCGGCCAAGCGGAGCUGAGGGAGGCCGCGGCGGGGGCGCGGGGCGGAGGGCGCCGGCCCCACGGACCUGUCGUCCUCGGCCGUCCUCCGGGCCCGGCCCCGCGCGGGGGGAGGCGCGGCCGGGACCAUGUCGGCGGGCGGCCGCGACGAGGAGCGGCGGAAGCUGGCCGACAUCAUCCACCACUGGAACGCCAACCGGCUGGACCUGUUCGAGAUCAGCCAGCCGACCGAGGAUUUGGAGUUCCAUGGAGUGAUGAGAUUUUAUUUUCAAGAUAAAGCUGCUGGUAACUUUGCAACAAAAUGUAUUCGGGUCUCUAGUACUGCCACCACUCAAGAUGUGAUUGAAACUCUUGCAGAGAAAUUCCGACCUGAUAUGCGAAUGCUGUCCUCUCCCAAGUAUUCACUCUAUGAAGUGCAUGUCAGUGGAGAAGAAAGAAGAUUGGAUAUAGAUGAGAAACCUCUAGUUGUACAGUUGAAUUGGAACAAAGAUGAUCGGGAGGGCAGAUUUGUUCUUAAGAACGAGAAUGACACCAUUCCUCCUAAGAAGACUCAGAGUAAUGGACCUGAAAAGCAGGAAAAAGAAGGUGUUAUUCAGAACUUCAAGAGAACUCUGUCAAAGAAAGAAAAGAAGGAAAAAAAAAAGAGAGAAAAAGAGGCAUUGAGGCAGGCGUCUGAUAAAGAUGAUAGACCUUUCCAAGGGGAUGACAUUGAGAAUUCUCGACUGGCUGCUGAGGUUUACAAAGACAUGCCUGAAACCAGCUUUACUCGCACAAUUUCUAAUCCCGAGGUGGUUAUGAAACGACGGAGGCAACAAAAACUGGAAAAGAGAAUGCAGGAGUUUCGGAGCUCCGAUGGGCGGCCUGAUUCAGGUGGAACAUUGAGAAUUUAUGCAGAUAGUUUAAAACCAAACAUUCCCUACAAGACAAUCCUGCUGUCUACUACAGAUCCUGCAGACUUUGCUGUGGCUGAAGCUUUAGAGAAGUAUGGUCUGGAAAAAGAAAAUCCUAAGGAUUACUGCAUUGCCCGGGUUAUGCUUCCUCCUGGAGCCCAGCACUGUGAUGAGAAAGGUGCUAAAGAAAUUAUUCUUGAUGACGACGAGUGUCCUUUACAAAUCUUCAGAGAAUGGCCAAGUGACAAAGGCCUUUUAGUCUUCCAGCUGAAGAGGAGGCCACCAGACUACAUCCCAAAGAGAAUGAAGAAGCACGUCGAAGGGAAGCCACUGAAGGGAAAGGAGAGAGCUGACGGGGCGGGCAGCGGCUCUGCCCUUCCUCCUGAGAAGCUGCCUUAUUUAGUAGAGUUAAGCCCAGGGAGAAGGAAUCACUUUGCCUACUACAACUAUCACACUUACGAAGAUGGUUCUGACUCCAGAGAUAAGCCAAAGCUUUACCGUCUUCAAUUAAGUGUUACUGAAGUUGGGACAGAAAAGUUCGAUGACAGCUCUAUCCAGUUGUUUGGCCCAGGAAUUCAGCCCCACCACUGUGACCUCACCAACAUGGAUGGAGUGGUCACUGUGACUCCCAGAAGUAUAGAUGCAGAGACCUACGUAGAAGGCCAGCGCAUCUCAGAGACCACCAUGCUGCAGAGUGGCAUGAAAGUGCAGUUUGGAGCAUCACAUGUAUUCAAGUUUGUAGACCCCAGCCAGGAUCAUGCUCUUGCAAAAAGAUCUGUGGAUGGAGGCCUGAUGGUUAAGGGCCCAAGACAUAAACCUGGAAUUGUUCAGGAGACAACUUUUGAUUUAGGAGGAGAUAUUCAUAGUGGGACAGCAUUACCAACAAGCAAGAGCACCAAUAGACUGGACAGCGACAGGGUACCUUCUGCCUCUAGCACGGCUGAGCGAGGGAUGGUGAAGCCGAUGGUCAGAGUGGAGCAGCAGCAAGAUUAUCGCAGACAAGAAAGCAGGACUCAGGAUGUUCCUGGGCCUGAACUGAUACUGCCUGCAAGCAUUGAAUUCAGGGAAAGUGCUGAAGAUUCAUUUUUAUCCGCCAUUAUAAAUUAUACUAAUAGCUCUACAGUCCAUUUUAAGUUGUCCCCUACAUAUGUGUUAUAUAUGGCAUGUCGGUAUGUAUUGUCCAACCAGUACAGACCUGACCUCAGCCCUGCAGAGCGCACUCACAAGGUCAUCGCCAUCGUCAACAAGAUGGUGAGCAUGAUGGAAGGAGUCAUACAGGAAGUAGACCAGGUUGAUCAGAAACAGAAGAAUAUUGCAGGAGCACUUGCCUUCUGGAUGGCAAAUGCAUCUGAACUACUCAACUUCAUUAAGCAGGACCGAGACCUCAGUCGAAUCACACUGGAUGCCCAAGAUGUUUUAGCACACUUGGUUCAAAUGGCGUUUAAGUACUUGGUUCACUGUCUUCAAACAGAACUUAAUAAUUACAUGCCAGCCUUUCUCGAUGACCCUGAAGAGAACAGUCUGCAAAGACCAAAAAUAGAUGAUGUGCUGCAUACACUCACGGGAGCCAUGUCUUUGCUGCGACGCUGCAGGGUCAACGCGGCCCUGACCAUCCAGCUCUUCUCUCAGCUGUUCCACUUUAUCAAUAUGUGGCUGUUCAACAGAUUAGUGACCGACCCGGAUUCAGGGUUGUGCUCCCAUUAUUGGGGAGCGAUCAUCCGUCAGCAGUUGGGGCAUAUUGAAGCGUGGGCAGAGAAGCAGGGGCUAGAGCUGGCGGCUGACUGUCACCUGAGCAGGAUUGUGCAGGCAACCACUUUGCUUACCAUGGAUAAGUAUGCACCUGAUGACAUACCAAAUAUAAAUAGCACCUGCUUUAAGUUAAAUUCACUACAACUUCAAGCCUUAUUACAGAAUUAUCACUGUGCACCUGAUGAGCCUUUUAUCCCAGCGGAUCUUAUAGAAAAUGUAGUGGCUGUUGCUGAAAACACCGCUGAUGAAUUAGCCCGCAGUGAUGGGAGGGAAGUGCAGUUGGAGGAGGAUCCUGACCUGCAGCUGCCUUUUCUUUUGCCAGAAGAUGGCUAUUCUUGUGAUGUUGUCAGAAACAUUCCAAAUGGUUUACAAGAAUUUUUAGACCCUCUGUGCCAGAGAGGAUUUUGCAGGUUAAUUCCUCACACACGUUCACCUGGUACUUGGACAAUAUAUUUUGAAGGUGCGGAUUAUGAGAGUCACCUCAUGCGUGAGAACACAGAACUGGCUCAUCCUCUGAGGAAAGAACCUGAAAUAAUCACUGUGACCCUAAAGAAGCAGAAUGGAAUGGGCCUCAGCAUUGUGGCCGCAAAGGGUGCUGGUCAGGAUAAACUGGGAAUCUAUGUCAAGUCUGUUGUGAAAGGAGGAGCUGCAGAUGUGGAUGGACGACUAGCUGCAGGUGAUCAGCUCCUCAGUGUAGAUGGACGAAGUCUGGUCGGACUCUCUCAGGAAAGGGCAGCAGAACUCAUGACAAGAACAAGUUCUGUGGUGACACUCGAAGUAGCAAAGCAAGGUGCCAUCUACCACGGUCUGGCCACCCUCCUCAACCAGCCGUCGCCCAUGAUGCAGAGAAUUUCAGAUCGUCGUGGCUCAGGUAAACCCCGACCAAAAAGUGAAGGUUUUGAACUCUAUAACAGUUCAGCUCAAAAUGGGUCACCCGAGAGUCCUCAGCUGCCUUGGGCAGAGUAUAGUGAACCAAAGAAAUUGCCUGGUGAUGACAGACUUAUGAAAAAUAGAGCUGAUCACCGCUCCAGCCCCAACGUAGCAAAUCAGCCUCCUAGUCCUGGAGGAAAAAGUGCAUAUGCCACAGGAACAACAGCGAAGAUAACCUCUGUCUCCACUGGAAACCUCUGCACUGAGGAGCAGAGCCCUCCACCUAGACCUGAAGCCUACCCCAUCCCCACUCAAACGUACACCAGAGAGUAUUUUACCUUUCCAGCUUCCAAAUCCCAGGAUCGGAUGGUUCCUGCUCAGAACCAGUGGCCAAAUUAUGAGGAAAAGCCAAAUAUGCACAUGGAUAGUAAUCAUUCCAGUAUUGCAAUGCAGCGUGUUACCCGUUCCCAAGAAGAACUUCGAGAAGAUAAAGUUUAUCAACUUGAGCGGCAUCGAAUAGAGACAGUUAUAGAUCGAAAGUCUGAUAGUGAUAUGUGGAUAAACCAGAGCUCCUCAGUGGAAUCUAGUACAUCUAGCCAGGAGCACCUGAACCACUCCUCUAAGUCGGUCACCCCUGCUUCCACUCUGACCAAAAGCGGCCCUGGCCGCUGGAAGACACCAGCAGCUGUGCCACCCACACCUGUGGCUGUGUCCCAGCCCAUUCGAACAGAUCUGCCUCCACCACCCCCUCCACCUCCAGCCCACUAUGCCAGUGAUUUUGAUGGAAUUCCGAUGGACUUGCCUCUCCCACCCCCUCCUUCUGCCAGCCAGGUAGGACCACAGUCUGCUCAGGUGGCUGCUGCAGAAAGGAAGAAGAGAGAAGAACAUCAGCGGUGGUAUGAGAAGGAGAAGGCCCGAUUGGAAGAGGAGCGAGAGAGAAAGCGGAGAGAGCAGGAGAGGAAGUUGGGUCAGAUGCGCACUCAGUCCCUAAACCCUGCUCCAUUCUCUCCCCUGACGACACAGCAGAUGAAGCCAGAAAAGCCUUCCACACUCCAGCGGCCCCAAGAAACAGUCAUUCGGGAACUUCAGCCCCAGCAGCAGCCCCGCACCAUUGAGCGCAGAGACCUGCAGUACAUCACAGUCAGCAAGGAGGAGCUCUCCUCGGGGGACAGUCUAUCUCCAGACCCAUGGAAGCGGGAUGCCAAGGAGAAGCUGGAGAAGCAGCAGCAGAUGCACAUUGUGGAUAUGCUGAGCAAGGAGAUCCAGGAGCUGCAGAACAAACCGGACCGCACCGCUGAGGAGAACGACCGCCUGCGGAAACUGAUGCUGGAGUGGCAGUUCCAGAAGAGACUCCAGGAAUCCAAGCAGAAGGACGAGGACGAUGAGGAGGAGGAAGACGAUGACGUGGACACCAUGCUGAUCAUGCAGCGCCUCGAGGCUGAACGAAGAGCAAGGGUAAAGGGGAAAAGUGCUUUGGUUCAGACUGCUGUGCCAGCAAUCUCUGUUCUAGAUUUGUUGCAGGAUGAGGAGCGGAGACGGCAGCAGCAGCUGGAAGAGAUGCGUAAGCGGGAAGCUGAAGACCGAGCCAGGCAGGAGGAGGAGCGGCGCCGGCAGGAGGAGGAGCGGGUGAAGCGAGAUGCUGAAGAAAAGAGGCGACAGGAAGAGGGGUAUUACAGCCGCCUGGAAGCUGAGAGGCGCAGACAGCACGACGAGGUGGCGCGCAGGUUGUUGGAGCCCGAGGAGCCCAGUCUGUGCCGACCUCCACUUCCGCGGGACUACGAACCCCCAUCCCCGCCCCCUGCACCUGGCGCCCCUCCUCCCCCACCUCAGCGAAACGCCUCCUACCUCAAAACACAGGUCCUCUCCCCCGACUCGCUGUUCACUGCCAAGUUUGUUGCGUACAACGAGGAGGAGGAAGAGGAGGAGGAGGACUGCGGCCCAUCAGGACCAAACCCUUACACGGUAUCUACUGGAACAGUUAUCGGAGCCCAUGAAGCUUAUCGGGAUGCAAGAGAGAAACGCUCUAAAAGCCAAGAUAUAGAUUUACCUGGAAAUUCUGGAGCCCCUGAAAACUUGACAUUCAAAGAGCGCCAGCGUCUUUUUUCACAAGGUCAAGAUGUGUCAAAUAAAGUAAAAGCUUCUCGUAAAUUAACAGAACUGGAAAAUGAACUGAACACAAAAUAAAAAAUAGGAAAAGGGCAUCUUGUAUUUGCCCCCAAAUUUUCUCAGUUGUGGGUUUGCAGGUGUGAGUUUGAAGAGGAAAGGGGGAGGUUCUAUGUCUAAGUGACUUAUAAUUUCUGUUUAAAAUGGUUAGGGUUUAGAGAUGUUCCAAUUCCAAGAAAUUUUAUUUUACUUUACCAAGAGAUUGUCAUUUAUACUAUUUAAACACUGUCUGAUUUCUUAAUUAUCUGACUCACGUGAAGGUGACUUUUUUGUUUCUUUUUCUGGAAUCUUGAGUUCAAAGGGGACAGUGAAGAAGGGCAGUCCAAGGUAAUGGGAUGUCUCUUCUCACCAUGUCCCCAUAAUCGACCAAGAGCACAGACAAAGAAGUUUCUAUUCUGUUCUUUUCCAAAAACUUUAUUUUAUUUUACUGUCAAACAGAGAAUAGCUUGAACUACCCAGACUGUUGUGUUUGCACUAUUUAGUAGCGACCUCCAACUAUUGUACAGGAGAACACAUAAACGUGUUCCUCACACUUCACCUGGUGGUGUCUGUCCAUGUGCUGUCCUUCCUGGUUGUGUCAUGAAGCAGCGUGGCCUGAAGCUUCCUGUGAGUAAGGCGGUGUACAUCCACCGCUGUUCCAUCUCAUUCCUAAGCCCUCCUGCUCUGUUCUGAAUAUUUAGUGAACAUUCCCAAAGAAGAAAAGUUUGAGGCUUUACACUUACGAGGUAUUAUUUUUAUAAAUACCAGAUUACUGUUAGAUAAUUAAUCAUUGGUGAAUUUGAAGAUGAGAGUUAUGUUAGAAAGUUAAAUAAUAUUUCAGAUAUCCCAAGGGAUCUGUAAAAGAGGGUUAUCUUUAGCUGAACAAUGUUCAUGUGACUAGGAACAAAAAUGUCUGAGAAGAACAGGCGAUUAAUAGGUGACACUCAAGUGCAGCUAUAGCUCAGAAAUUUUAAAUUUGAAAAAGAAAUAGAUUUACAUCUACAUGCUGUCAGAGGAAAGAAGGAAUUCAAUUACCUAUGGCAUUUGUAAUUUAAACGUAAGAAUAACUCAAGGCGGUUCAAGCUAUUUUUUUUACAGUAUAAUAUAGUUAUUUAAUUUUAUUUGUUGAACUACUAGUUACCACUGUCACUUCUUCAGCUGUGGAUCUAUGGCUGAUGCUGGGGAGACGGACCUCAAUUUGUUUUAUAUUGUGUGAUGCUAAGACAAAUUACUUUGUGAGAUUACAGGCAAACUUUCUAUUUGACAAAGCCCUAAUGUGGGGUCCAGGUGAUUGUUCUGUACCAUAUUGUUCUCUUACAAAUAUGUAUGUUAGGAAAAUAUGCACACUUUCAAGUAGAAGAUGAGAGGCUUCCAUUGCCUUAGAAAUCACUUUUAGUAAGAGUUGUAUGAUAAAUCAUUGAAAAUGCUGGUGUAAAUAUUUUUUUAUGUCUAUCAGGGUUCUUAUUUGAAAGUGUGCUUUUACCAUCUCAUUUGUUUAAGUAAGAGAGUAAAAUGGUUCUAAGUGUGUAUGAAGGAUUUGCAUGUUUGCUCUAGAAAUUCUAGGAGAAGCAAGCUCCUCCCAAAUAUCUUGAGAACACUGGCAGCCUUAUGGUGGCUAAAUCCAUACUUUCUUUAAAGAAAAAAGAUGAAAAUGAUUUACUGUUCUGUUAAUACAUAGAAAGACAAAUACACGUAAGUACAUACAAAUACAUGUAAAUAUCUACAUACAGAGAUAUUUGUAUUUGUGGUUGUAAAACCCAUAAACAAGUGGAUUUGGCCAUCCUUGGAAAAUUAGGUCAAAUGUGAAUAUGUGUAGAAGUGCUUCACAUAACUGCAUUACUAUGGAGAAAACAUCAAAACUGCUGUAGUUUUCCAUUUCUACUGUAUUUCAGUUGCAGCCUAUUUUUAAUAAACUUUGUAUGUAUUUAAGUGUAUUUGCUAUUAUUUUAAAAGUGCUGACAAAGUUUAUAUUUGUAAUAUCAGCCUUCUCCCCUUUUUCCACCUGUCCACUCAUUCA